UGCAAGGAAAAAAGCCGAUCCGAAGAUUACAUCUUUUUUUGCUAACGCGCUCAAGCACCGGCGCCCAUUUGCAGAUCGGAAAUUAAAAAUCACUUGUUUCAAACAAAUGCGGCAAAGAUCAAACGCAGGAGAAAUAAGUGGAUGGCGAGUGACAAACUGGAUUCUGCAGACCGCGAAAGGGGAGAUAUGAUUUAAAUGAGCGGCUCUUUUUUCACCUCCUUUCAACCUGGAAUUUCUGCUCAGCGGUCUAUGGAAGCUUUGCAAUACUGAGAAGUAUAUCUCGCUUGGUUUUAAAUGCUUGUGCCCGUUUAUUUCCAUGUUUCUGUUAAACCAUGGCAUGACACGUCAGGCGCGCUGAAGUGCCAUUCAACUGCUAUAAAAGGUGCAGAUUUCAAGUUCUCCGGUCAACGUUUUUUUUUCUAGUGGAGUUGCACUUGGGGGCUAUAAGUCAACUUGUUCUUUCAGACAGUCAAAAUCGGAGACAGAGGGCAAACUCACUGUAUGCUUUCCAUCCGAAUCCCAUUGAGCGGUAUUCAAAAUGACCAAAGACUAAAAAGAAUAGACAAUUUAUCAAAGAGAAUGAAGUGAAUUAUGCUCCAGAAUUCAUCUUAUUGCAUCUUCCCGGUUAAUACAUUACGUCGCAUGGAAGAAAGAAACUGCUACACUCAACAACGCUAAAUGGACUGGAUUUGACCACUUCAACCGAUUUUCUUUUCUCGCCCAAAUUUUAUACUAGUGGGGUCCUAGGGAUUUGGGACUUGACCGAGAACACGAUCCUUAAGUCAUUUUAUAUACUUAUUCGUGACUUAAAGAACCAUAUAUUUUAUUUCCACGGCACUUGGGAAUAACUUUUGAAAAAGAAAAUGAGCAAGUAUAUUGUCAAAGUGGCUUGCUUUGUGGCUUGCGUACUUUCUAUCCGCUGCACACCGGCGCCGGGGACCGAGACUCAAACUGUGUCCCAGGAUACGUGUGCUUCUUGUGGCCUCGGACAGCCAGAGGAAUCGGGGCGGAUGGACAUAGAUUUUUUGGAAGCGGUGAAGAGGCAUAUCCUAAACAGGUUACAGAUGCGGGAAAGACCGAACAUCACUCACCCCAUCCCGAAGGCUGCGAUGGUAACAGCGCUGAGGAAACUUCAUGCGGGGAAAGUGAGAGAGGACGGACGGGUUGAAAUCCCGAACCUUGACGGACACGCUACCUACAAUAACGAGGUACAGGAGGAAACCUCGGAGAUCAUCAGUUUCGCGGAAUCAGAUGAGAUGUCGUCGUCCAAGUCAAGCCUCUACUUCCUCAUCUCGAAUGAGGGGAAUCAAAACUUGUACGUGUCUCAGGCCAACCUGUGGCUGUACUUCAAGCUGCUGCCGACCGGCUCGGAGAAGGGCUCCCGGCGCAAGGUGACGGUGAAGGUGUACUACCAGCAGGCGGGGCUGACGGCGGGCGUGGCGGCAGGCGGCAGGUGGAGCGUGGUGGAGAAGCGGGUGGACCUGAAGCGCAGCGGCUGGCACACGUUUCCGCUGACGGAGGCGGUGCGCACCGUGUUCGAGCGGGGCGACCGGCGGCAGGACCUGGACGUACGCUGCGAGGGCUGCGAGGCGGCCGGCGUGCUGCCCAUCCUGGUGGACCCCGACGACGAGUCGCACCGGCCCUUCCUGGUGGUGCAGGCCCGGCUGGCCGACGGCAAGCACCGCAUCCGCAAGCGCGGCCUGGAGUGCGACGGCACCGGCGGACUCUGCUGCCGCCAGCAGUUCUACAUCGACUUCAGGCUCAUCGGCUGGAACGACUGGAUCAUCGCCCCGUCGGGCUACUUCGGGAACUACUGCGAGGGGAGCUGCCCGGCGUACAUGGCAGGCGUGCCCGGCUCAGCCUCCUCCUUCCACACGGCGGUGGUGAACCAGUACCGCAUGCGGGGCAUGAGUCCCGGCUCCAUGAACUCCUGCUGCAUCCCCACCCGCCUCAGCACCAUGUCCAUGCUCUACUUCGACGACGAGUACAACAUCGUCAAGCGCGACGUGCCCAACAUGAUCGUGGAGGAGUGUGGCUGCGCCUGAGCCGCCUCCCGCGGCGGGACUCUGAACUCUGAACUCUGAAACCGAGUGGACAGCAGAUAACGUUACAAAAAAAAAUAAUCAUAGUAACAAAGUAAUAUUUAUGAACUUUUUUUGUACUAUAUACAUAUAUAUGCGUGUAUACACACACAAACACAUACAUGCGCUCAUGGACACACACACAUACACACAUGCUCAUGCACGUGCACUGGCACGCUCAAACACUUGUGUACAUAUAUUUAUGUUUGUUAAUAUCGUCUGGAAGAUAUGUUCUAUCAGUUCUGCCUGCAUGUGAACCAGUCCCACGUUACAUACGCAGACAUGCAAAGUACCUUAGGUCUUGAUGUCAAAGGGAUGUGAGGAGAAUGAUAAUCAUCAGAUUAUAUUUUUCUAGUUUGCCAUUUCUAUACAAAAAAAUGGAGAGUUCUUCGACAUUCUGACGAGGACAGCAAGAGCCUGAGAAAGCCAAUGAAGGAGGUCUACCGGACUGCCAGUACCCACCUAGCAUCUUUCUAGUACUAGUACUUCAGCAAAUCCUGACAAGGACAUUGUAAAAAGCACUGACAGCUCAACACUGAUACAAAUUCUAAAACAGCAGCACUUCUGACAAGGAAUACAUCAUUGCAACAAUGUGACAAUACAUUCCACUACAGAGUCUCUGCAAUUUAAAAAUACAGUCUCCCUUUUUUUUUCCGGCUAAGCAUUCCUACAUUAACGGCACAAAUUCAGACUGGCGAGAAUCGACAGGUUUUCCAACUCCUGAAACAUCUGAAUCUUGGAGCAGCGGCUUCUUUGCCUAGGAGAAGCAGACAUUCCUGCGAGACAAAUUGCUGAAGCUGUUAACAAGGCAUGGACUACUCUCUCAUAUCCAGGAAGUGGAGCCGUAGGCCGUAGGUGGGCAGGUGGGCUAUGCGCACAAAGGCAGGAUAUGGACCUUGCAUUGCGUUGUUACACUUCCCCUCCUUGUGGGGCUGUAGCACCCUUUAAAAAAAAAAGAUAUCCAAUGUACUUAAACAGCUGAUGCAAAGAAUCUCACUUUGUCUCUUCUCAGUCAGCGAAGAAGUGAAGAGUUGCCAUAUUGCUCAGUUGGUUAUGGAGCAGCAUAGCACUUGCAAAUCUCCUAAAAUGCACAUUUUAUAGCACUUGCAGAUUUGAAAUGCCUUUAAAAGGGUACUAAGUGGUGCACCUACCCUUGCUCACUGUCCUAUUAAAAUAAGUGCCGCAUGAGCUAUGCAAUGUAUAGUAUUGACCCA